UACCUCACAAACAUGGGGAAUGGGGAAUUAAUAUAUGAAGAUUCUCAAUAUAAUUUUCCACCUGAACCACCUUCCUGUGCAGGCACUUCGAUGGACUCUAGUUAUCAACCAAAGCAACCAUUUUCACGUAUAGGCGAUGAUUUUAAUUCAUUGGAUCAGGUAAUUGCUGCAUUGAGAGAAGCUGGCCUUGAAUCGUCAAAUCUAAUACUUGGCAUCGACUUCACGAAGAGCAAUGAAUGGACAGGCAAACGUUCAUUCAACAGGAAAAGUCUUCAUGCUAUUGGUAGCUCACCUAAUCCUUAUGAGCAGGCAAUUUCUAUAAUUGGCCGCACUUUGUCUCCUUUUGAUGAAGAUAAUUUAAUUCCUUGUUUUGGAUUUGGCGAUGCAUCAACACAUGAUCAAGGUGUGUUCAGCUUUUACCCUGAUGAUCGAUGCUGUGUUGGGUUUGAGGAAGCUCUUGCUCGGUACAGGGAGAUUGUUCCAUACUUAAGGUUAUCAGGUCCGACCUCGUUUGCCCCUAUAAUUGACGCGGCAAUUGACAUUGUUGAAAAGAACAAUGGACAAUACCAUGUUCUUGUCAUUAUAGCAGACGGACAGGUUACCAGGAGCCCUGAUACUCCAGCUGGAAGAUUAAGUUCCCAAGAACUAGCGACUGUAAAUUCCAUAGUUGCUGCGAGCAAAUAUCCCUCAAUUAUCUUGGUUGGAGUUGGGGAUGGACCAUGGGAUGCAAUGCAGACAUUUGAUGACAACAUUCCUCUUCGAACAUUUGACAACUUCCAGUUUGUCAACUUCACCAAGAUAAUGUCAGACAACAGGGAUUUAUCACAGAAGGAAGCCGCAUUUGCACUUGCUGCCCUGAUGGAAAUUCCAUCUCAGUACAGAGCCACUCAAAGACUUGAUUUUUCCAAUUAUGAAUCAGAAGGUGGUCCACGCACAAGGCCACUUCCACCUCCACGCGAUGUGAUCAAUCAUGAUAAUGCAGUUAAAUCAGUUCCACCGAUGACAAGCUUUUCGAAAGUCGAGCCAUCAGCUCCUGGGCUGCCAGUAGCUCCUGUGGAAUCGGUGUGCCCAAUUUGCCUGACGAAUCCUAAGGACAUGGCUUUCCAAUGUGGUCACACGACCUGUAAGGAUUGUGGAGGCAGUCUUUCAUCGUGCCCUCUGUGCCGAGAACCCAUAACAACACGCCUGAGACUCUAUACUUGACUUAGCCAUUGUAAUCUGAUGUCAGGUGCCUCAUGAAGAUCCAAGGUACUAAUGAAACUCUCCUAUAUUUGCAACAAAAUUUCAUGUGUCCAAGUUUGCUGAUUUCUCCAGUAUGGUCGGUGCCGCAUUGGAAGUGUGUAUUUGUACAUAAUUUGUUUGGAGUACAUAGAAGAAAACGCCAGAUGUAAUGACCUUUCGUUGAGUGACAAUUCCAUUCAUUCUGUUGUGACCUUCGUUCGCUUGGUGUUGUAAAAAUUCAGAAAAACUAGCUAGCUUGAAAUAUUACCUUGAAUUUUUUUUCCAAACAAAUCUAUUUAUUUCAUUUCAAA